AUAGAACGUGUCACCCUCCUAUCUCUCUCUCUAUGGUCCGACUCUGGUCUCUGUUUGUCUCCGUUUCGAGAAAAUAAGAUGCUGAGAACUCGGUUGCUUUGGUUCACAGUGGGAUUUUCUGUCUCAGCAGCUGCAAUCGGCCAUUUCAUUUGGAGAGAUCUAUGGGCUGAUAGAUAUGCCCUUUCCUCUCAAACGAGGCAGACUUUUGACGCCCUUGAAGCUAGAAUCUUGAAUCUCCAGUCUUUAUCUUCCCAGAAUACAAAUCCGCCCCAGGUUGAAGGUUAGAUCUUACAUUUAACUGAAAAGACUUGGUGACAGUUCCCUGGAGUCUUUUGUUGCUCAAGCUGUUCUGAGCUUUUGCCCUCAUAUUGGGGCAGUGUUUACAGUUCAAGUCAUGUUCAGUUUACCUAUGAAAUACUAGAAUCUCCAGGGCUUUCAGAAAUGUUACCUGGUUGAAUAAAAAUAUAUAUAUAUAUUUUCUCUUA